AAUUAAUCACGUUAAAAUAUUUGACGCAAUUAACGCACAUGUCCCGUUCAGAAAGUAUUCUGCCUUUUGGUAAGUUUUACAGCAAGACAUUUUGUGCUGUCCAAGAGCGAACUCUUUUGGUCGCUUUGCGACAUGGUUUAUUGUUUUCUUUCCAGUUCAUUAUGGCUGCACGACGUCUCGGGCUGAUAAUGUUGUGCUUAUAUGAUCCUUGGACAAGAUUUGUCUACACGCAAGAUGGUGACAACUUCCCUCAGAGUUUCCCAGAUCUUGAACAACGACUUCAGCCUGUGUUGCCACGCUUGUCUCUGAAGGAGAGCGUGCACGUGUACAAGGAACACUGCAGGAUGGCGGGAGAGUUCCGCCAAGUCAAACACGACAUCGCCGCCCUGGAAGAACGCAAGUGUCAGCUGCUUGCCGAGCUGGUGGAGGACCAGAAAGUGGCAGCGGAGAUCUCCCGCCUGGAGGACGAGUUCCGCCGUCUGUCGGAGGAAAACCGCACGCUGGUGACGAAGCACAGUGAGCGGUCGCGGCAACUGCAGCGGCUACGCCGCCCUGACUCGUCAUGACUGGAAACUGGACAUUUUUUGUUUUGUUUAAAAACCCUCACGCAAAACGGACAUUAUCGUCAGUUCUGCGACGAUGAGAGGCCAUCUUUGUGGAAGCGGAGAUUAGCAUUUGCUUUUGUGGUAGGUGUGCGGAGGCCGCCUGAGGUGCUGUGAUAUGGUCCAAAUGAGUUCAAGGUGGCUUUCUGGUAGAUAAAUAAAACAACAACGUUUGAUUCAGGUCCAGGGUAUGUGCGAAAUGAGUACGGUGCGUUUUGACAAACCAUGAUUUCUGAACUAAAACAUUACGGGGAGCCUGUCAUUUGUGAGUCCUCUUACGUGAGAAGGAAACGACGUUGCUAUUGGUCGCCUGGUGAAGUGAAUGCAAGCCCAAACACGCAAGAACAUUUUCAGAAUAAAGCCAACU